AUGGCCUCCUCUCAUAAGGAGAGGACAAUGGAGUCGCGCACAGGAAGAAGCAAGCAGCGUUACAACUCCAAAGGCGAGCGCUUGGUUGCUGGCGUUGUUCCUUUGACCGAGGACAAGCGCUACGUCCUUCUCAUCCAAUCCACCCGCCGGAAAGGCUGGGUGCUCCCCAAAGGUGGCUGGGAGACGGACGAAGAAUGCACCGAGGCGGCGGCACGUGAGGCCUGGGAAGAGGCCGGCAUCACCAUCCACAUCGACUAUGACCUGGGAGACAUCGCCGAGACACGUGCGCCGAAGCACUCGAGCAAAGACUCGGCCAAGGCCUUGUAUCGAUUCUACGAGGCCACCGUCACCACGCAAGAGGAUGACUGGCCCGAGAGACACAAGAGAGAGCGGAAGUGGAUGACAUAUGAACAAGCCGCGGAUGCUCUGGCAGCGCGGCCGGAGCUUCUUGAGGCCUUGACCAGGUGCACCAUGAAGAAGUCAUGA